GAAUUCAAAAGUUCAUUAAAAAGAAAAAUAAAAACAUUUCUUAUUUACAAAUUUCUUAAGAAAAAAUAAAACAAAAUGAUUUCUUUCACAAAAUUGAAUUUUUUUGUUACGAUUGUUUUGUUAUAUUCCUUGAUCAAUAUGUUUACUGAAGUGAAUUCUGUCGCUAUUAAUAAUAAACGAGAUAAUUUCUGUGAUGGAUUCGAAAUCACUUUACCUUCAGGAAGUACACCAGCGACAAACUCUACAACAAUAACAGUAAAUUGGAAAAAAGGAAACUCAGAAAUAGUAAAAAUAAACGAUGUUGAAUUAUUUAAUGAUAAAGGAUUAUUGAACGUAUUAUGGGAAGGUGAAAAAUCUUUUAAUCCGGAUGGUACAGCGACGCAAAUCGUAGAAAUUGCGGCUCCCGAUUAUUUAAAAUUACCUGCUGAAGUUUUGUUAAGAAGUUGGGGUUCAACAGCUAAUGGUCCUAAUUGUUUUAAAAUAACUCCAUUCUUUACUUUGAAUGCAAAUUAAAAAAAAAAAAAAUUCUUUUUUUUUUUAAUAUUUUAUGAAUUUAAUAUUUAUGAAUUUAUUGAAUUUAAUAUAAUGAUCUAAAUAUAUAUAAUCUUUCGAAUUUCCUUUUUUAUUUCUUUUUUUUUAAUUUGCAUGUCGUUCUUUAACAUAUUUAGUAUAAUGGCAUUUCUAAAAAUAGAAUUAAAUUUAUAUUUAUACCUAAAAGGAAAUUUUAAA